AUGGUGGACGAUUUCUAUUUCCGACAGUACUUGAAAGAGACCGUUGGUCGAGUCGACACCCGUCUUAACGGGUUUCAGUCCUGGCUCAUCGGAAUCGAUCUAUCUGAAGAGGACGCUUUCUAUUACCAUGUCUGUGUGAAAGGGUUCAUGGUUUCUGUCUCGCCAUUGCUCACACACAAGAAUCUCCAGCCGGGAGUCGUGAUGAUCCCGCAGGGUGCAAAUAACCGAUUAUUGGUGGAUAUCUUUUGUGCAUGCGGAGUGUCGUUUCUGUGCUGGGAGAACAAAGACCUUCAACUGGUGGCCAAACAGAAGUAUGAAACCUGUUUCGCCAAGGUCCAGGAGAUUUCUGAGGAGUACGUUCUUGCCGAGAACAACCAUUGGUUUCUGAUCGCCGUGUUGUGUCUUUGCUUCAACAAACGGUAUCAAGAGAGCCGGCACCACUCGCUGUUCUGGUUGCUGCAAUUGGCUCUUCGCAUCCUCGAAGGUUGGGUCCGGAAACUCAACUACCAACGUGUCGGCUUCGAACUCGACGAUAUGGUGUGUCCAUCCAAACCGUUAUUGAACUCGACCGAAAAGAUGUUGCUGGAGAGCUUUGUGUACAAUUACUCCAUUGCUCUGCUCCAGUACAAUCCAAGCAACGAGUCAAUGACGUCGCCGUUCCAAAUCAUGGAGGAGUUCCGGCCGUUUUUGAACCAGAAACUGUACGACUGUCCUGCGCCGUGGAUGAACAACCCUGUUGUGGGUGCGUCUUUGUCUGUGAUUGAGAUUGCUGCCAAGUGUAACUGGCUGCGGCUUCAGAUGCCGCUGGACGAGUCCAACACACAGCUGGCCAUGCGGCUGCUCAACAGUGCCAAGUACUACGUGUCGCCCGUGCUGCCUCCACAGGUCCGGACCACACAGCCCGAGCACGUCCAGAAACGGCUGAUGGAGAGCUGUCGAAUUGCACGGAUGUACGCCAAUGCGGCGCAGAUCUUCCUGACCAAGUUGUUGGACCCGGAAAUGGACGCUGCGGACGAACACAUCCAGCAGCUGGUUGGCCGUGUCGUGGACGAUCUGCGCGGCCUGAGCAUCCAUUGCCAGGCAUCCUCGAUCUGCACGUGGCCGUUGAGUAUCGCCUGCACCGCCGUCAGGGACAAAAAGCAGAGAGAGUACAUUCUCUGGCGACUCAAGAACUUCAGCAACGUGCUGAAAAUGAACACUUUUAUCAACGUUUCGCAAAUCCUCUCGUUUUCAUGGGGAACAGACCUCAAUUGUGGACCGGGGUGGGACGUUCUUCUGGAUCAGAGAUGCUACCAGCUUUUUCCAGUGUGA